CGAAGUAAAAAUGAAACAGUUUGCAGUUCUAUUGUGUCUAGCGGCUCUCGCUUCAGCCGCCCCCCAAGGCUACAAGUACCAGCCACAAGGGCCUGCGCUUCCUAUCGGCAAUCUGCGUCCUCAGACGCCCGUGUCCCCCAGUGGAAUAUACUCAUCUGCUGCCGGCCCUGCCCUGGGGCAAAUUACCGUGCAGCCCCAGCAGCCAGCUAUCCAAACCGUGCAGACUAGUGCACCCAUUCCUGUAUCCCAGCCCCAAGUUCAGCAGACAGUGAUCAACUCUCUGCCACAGCAGACCGUGUUCAAUCCCGUGCCCCAGCAGAACCUGAUCCAUGCCGUGCAGCAGCCACAGCCACAGCAGCAGCAGCAGAUAAUCUACCAGCAGCCCCAACAGCUGCCACAAGUCCAGAUCCAGCAUCAGCCCCAACAGAUCGUGCAGACCCAGUACGUUCAGCGUCCGGCUAUCGUCACCAAGGACAUUUACAUUCACUCCGCUCCCGAUGAGACCGAGGAGAUCCGCCAGGACGAGCCACAGCUCGACAGCCUGCCCAUUCGCAAGAACUACCGAAUUGUGUUCAUCAAGGCGCCGUCGCAGAAUCUGAAAUACACAGCCGCCGCUCUGAAGCGCGCUCAGUCGAGCAAUGAGGAGAAAACCGUCAUCUACGUGCUGUCCAAGAAGCCAGAUCUCACAGAGAUCCAGCAGCAGCUGCAGGUCACUCAGACAGAGUCUAAGGUACACAAGCCCGAGGUCUACUUCAUCAAGUACAAGACCCAGGAGGAGGCUCAGCGCGCCCAGCAGGAGAUUCAGGCCCAGUACGAUGCUUUGGGUGGCGCCACCCAUAUCUCGGACGAAGGCGUUGCCCCCAUCACCACCGUUUCCGGUGGCUCGCUCAACCUGGGACACAUUUUGUCCCAGGGACAGGCGCCAAGCAUCAUCCAGCAGCAGCAGCAGCCGCAGAUCCAGACCAUCUUGCAGCAGCAGCCCAUCCAUCAGCAGAAUACCUUUGCGCAGCAGACCUCCUCCUUUGCAUCCAGCGUGCCGCAAAGGAAGUAUGUGCCGGCAAAGAGCUUCAAGUAA